AUGGGCUCCCGGACCAAAUGGGAUCCUUUCGUUGACGGCAUUCUCGAGACACGGGUCCGGAACUGGCUGGAGGCAGUGUUGAAAGAGAAGCUACCGCCAGAUGCCGCCCUGGCAGAUACCCUUGCAGACGGCAUGAUCCUUCAAUUCAAGUGCCCAACAGCAUCUCAACCCCCACUAUCACCUCCCCUGCCACGGCAGAUGUGCAAGGCGUUUGGGCUGAGUGCCAUCGACCUGUUCACAUCCACAGACGUGGUGGAGAAGAAGGGCACCAAACGCGUCUGUGUCUGCAUCCGCGCCCUAGCACUCAAGCUCAGAGCAGCUGGCAUACUGGUGAGAGCGGCAUACUGUUUUUCUCUUUCUUUAUUCUUUUCCUCUUUCGUUCCUCCCAAUUCUCAACGCAUCUGCCUCUGCAUCCGCACCCUCGCACUCAAGCUCAGAGCAGCAGGCAUACAGGCGAUAGACUUUGAGCCAGCGUCUGCAGCGGCAGCAGUUAGUGUGGCGAAGCGCAUGCCAGCAGAGGGGGGCGUGGUGGACAGGGCUGUCAGGGAGUUCAUGGGGCCCAACUACAGGCGCGGGUGGGGUAGGGAGGACGUGCCUGCCAGCCAAUCAGGCUCAGAAAACAGCUUUGAUAUAAAUGGCUGGGGCAGCGCUGCAGCUGGUGCUGCUAGUGAUGGUGGCACUGGUGGUGUUAAUGGUGGCAGUAGUGUCGGUGGUGGUGAUGGCGAUGGUGGUGGUGCUGCUGCUGGUAGCAAGGCAGGGGGCCAAGAAGCGAAGCAGAUGGAGAAUGGGAAGGGCAAGGGGAAAGUGUCAGGCUUUGUCAGCAAAGGCUUCAGCUCCACCUCUAACGAAGCGGAACCAAAACCAAAGAGCGGUGUGUCAGAUGUUCCUCCCGUCUCAAGACUGGACCCUCACAUGGUCUGGCCUCCCCCCUCCAACCGCCUGGCAGUCUCAGUGGAAGCAGCAGGCAGCUUCUAUGCCAGCCUGGAUGCUUCUCGUGAUCCGUCUUCGGAUGCGGUUACCACGUCGGCUGGAACAACCUCCUCUCUCACGGACGUUUCGGCAGGUGUCACAACUGUUUGCCAUACGGAAGGGGAGGAGGAUUUGGAAUCUGAUUAUUCAUCCUGCCCGUCUUCGCCCCGGGCAGCAUCACAUGCCCCGUGGAGAGCUAUUGUUGGAGGGGCAAUCGCUUUUGUGGCUGUGAUGCUGCUGUUCCGACCAUCCAGGAUUCGAGGCGAGGGGCCAGGAAACCCCUUCCUUGCUGCACCCAUGCCGCCUACCCUCCUUGCAGCACCCAUGCCGCCCGCCCUCCUCGCUGCACCCAUGCCGCCCGCCCUCCUUGCUGCACCCAUGCCGCCCGCCCUCCUUGCUGCACCCAUGCCGCCCGCCCUCCUUGCUGCACCCAUGCCGCCCGCCCUCCUUGCUGCACCCAUGCCGCCCGCCCUCCUUGCUGCACCCAUGCCGCCCGCCCUCCUUGCUGCACCCAUGCCGCCCACCCUCCUUGCUGCACCCAUGCCGCCCACCCUCCUUGCUGCACCCAUGCCGCCCGCCCUCCUUGCUGCACCCAUGCCGCCCACCCUCCUUGCUGCACCCAUGCCGCCCCACCUCCUUGCUGCACCCAUGCCGCCUACCCUCCUUGCAGCACCCAUGCCGCCCGCCCUCCUCGCUGCACCCAUGCCGCCCGCCCUCCUUGCUGCACCCAUGCCGCCCGCCCUCCUUGCUGCACCCAUGCCGCCCGCCCUCCUUGCUGCACCCAUGCCGCCCGCCCUCCUUGCUGCACCCAUGCCGCCCGCCCUCCUUGCUGCACCCAUGCCGCCCGCCCUCCUUGCUGCACCCAUGCCGCCCGCCCUCCUCGCUGCACCCAUGCCGCCCGCCCUCCUCGCUGCACCCAUGCCGCCCGCCCUCCUUGCUGCACCCAUGCCGCCCGCCCUCCUUGCUGCACCCAUGCCGCCCGCCCUCCUUGCUGCACCCAUGCCGCCCGCCCUCCUUGCUGCACCCAUGCCGCCCACCCUCCUUGCUGCACCCAUGCCGCCCACCCUCCUUGCUGCACCCAUGCCGCCCGCCCUCCUUGCUGCACCCAUGCCGCCCACCCUCCUUGCUGCACCCAUGCCGCCCGCCCUCCUUGCUGCACCCAUGCCGCCCACCCUCCUUGCUGCACCCAUGCAUACCUAG